UCCGUAAUUUUUUAAAACCCUAAUUAAAUGAAUUGUUAAGAAUAUAACCCAAUAAUAAAAAUAAUAAUAAUAAUCUCUAUGCUUUUCAUAUUCUUAUCUGCAAUUCCAACUUCCUUCACUCUCUUUCUUUUCAAUGGAGUUGUCUGAGGAGACUAUACUAAUUGAUUGUAGUAGAUUGAAAUCAGCAGUAUGGAAAGAUUUUGAUCGUGUGAAAAGAGGUGAUGCAUGUGUUGCCGUUUGUAAGCAUUGUAAGAAAAAACUCAGUGGUUCAAGUACCAGUGGAACAUCACAUCUAAGAAAUCACUUAAUCAGAUGUCGCAGAAGAACAAAUCAUGACGUAUCUCAAAUGAUACUAUCAAAAGGAAAGAAAAAAGAAGCAUCUUUAACCCCAGUAACUCUCACGUACGACCAUGAUCAAAUAAAAACUGAAAUCCCCAACCUGAUUACUCCUAAAUAUGAACAAAGCCCAUUAAAAGAGGGUCUUGUUAGUUUGGCAAGUGGUCACUUUGAUUACAAAAGGAGUCGAUAUGAUCUUGCUCGCAUGAUUAUCUUACAUGGGUAUCCUCUGGCUAUGGUGGAGCAUGUUGGAUUCAAAGUAUUUGUUAGGAAACUUCAACCGUUGUUUGAGCUCACUACACUCGAUGGAAUAGCGGCUGACUGUAAGGAAAUUUACAUAAAAGAGAAACAAAAAGUGUGUGAAAUGUUUGAUAAUCUUCCCGGAAAAAUCAGUUUGAGUGUUGACACAUGGGCUGCAAAAGGAGAGGCUAGGUACUUAUGUUUGACAGCACAUUCAGUUGAUGAUACUUGGGCUUUAAAAAAGAAGGUUUUGAGUUUUGUACAGGUUGACCCUUUUCAAACGGACGACAUGGUCUCUGAAGCUAUAAUGUCAAGAUUAAUGGAAUGGGAUAUCGACCGAAAGUUGUUUUCAAUGACUUGUGAUAGUUGUCCAGUUCAUGACAAUAUUGUUUGUAAGAUAAGAGAACACUUAGCAGAAAAUCGCUUUCUUUUAUGUAAUGGUCAAUUAUUUGAAGUCAGAUGUGCAGCAAAUCUCAUCAAAAUAAUGGUUAAAGAUUGUCUAGAAGCUUUUAAUUCAGUAAUCUGCAAGGUCCGGGAAAGCAUAAGGUACAUUAGAAGCUCACAAGCAAUCAACGAGAAGUUUAAUGAAAUGGUUCAAGAAGUUGGAGCUAACAGCCAAAAGCCACUAUACCUGGAUAAUCCGCACCACUGGAAUUCUACCUAUAUCAUGCUUGGUGCUGCUGUGGAAUACCGAGAGGCGUUUUCCCGUCUCCAAGAACAGGACACUUCUUACACAACUUGUCCAUCUGAUGAUGAAUGGAAUCAAGCUAGCACCGUAACUAGUUUCUUGAAAGUUUUCGUUGAUGCUGCUACAGUUUUUGCAGCAACCAAAAUUCCAACUGCAAAUAUAUAUUUUCCAGAGGUUUGUUCUAUCCAUUUAAACUUGAUUGACUGGUGUCAGAGCCGAGAUGAAUAUAUAAGCUCGUUAUCAAUGAAAAUGAAAACUAAAUUCGACGAGUACUGGAAGAAAUGCAGCCUGGCAUUAGCAGUUGCAGCAAUUUUAGAUCCUCGAUUUAAAAUGAAGCUAAUAGAGUAUUAUUACCCGCAAAUCUAUGGGGGUGAUUCUCCAGAUUGUGUAGAUAUUGUUUCAAAUUGUAUGAGGGCACUUUACAAUGGCCAUGAUGUGUACUCUACAUUAGCUUCACACAGCCAGGUUGGGGGAAGUAACGGUGGGAAGGAUACUCGAGAUCGUUUGACGGGAUUUGACCGUUUCCUUCAUGAAACGUCACAAAGUCAAAAUGUUAAAUCAGACCUUGAUAAGUACUUAGAGGAGCCAUUAUUUCCUCGUAAUGUUGAUUUUAAUGUACUAAAUUGGUGGAAAGUACACACUCCUCGCUAUCCUGUGCUAUCUACGAUGGCGAGAAACAUUUUAGGAAUUCCAAUGUCGAAUGUUUCAUUGGAUUCGGUUUUUGAUAUCACUGAUAGAGUUCUUGAUCAGCAUCGAAGCUCGUUAAGUGCAGAUACCUUGCAAUCAUUGAUUUGCACACAAGACUGGAUAGGUUUAGAAGACUCAAAAUCGUGUUCAAGCUCCUCAGCUUUAGCCAUCUGCUAUGAUGCAAGUUAGAAUGAAGUUGGUAACUAGUUCCGCCUUUUUGAUAGCCUCUGUUAUAAGAAUGACUCUAUCAUUUAACUGUUUUUUGGGACUUGUUCUUAUAUAGAGCUACAUUUGGGAUUUUGGGAUAUAUAUCAGCAUGAUGGAUGCAGUAAUUUUAGUUUUAGUUUUACUAAUGUGUGGUUCACACUUAGUAUCUGGGAAUGGGAGCUUAAGAGAAGAAGAACCAGAGUGAAAGUUUGUCCUACUUUGGUUUCUUGCUUCACUUGAACAGGAUCUAUUGAUACUCACACUUAAAUCAGGUGAUUUGAUAACCUAUGAAAGGAAAUGUGAUUUUCUUUACUCUUUAUUUUGUAAGAAUUACUUUUUGAGUUGAUAUAAUUGAUUGAUUGCCAAUA